AUGGAGCUUGGAGUGAGAAUGCUGGAAAUAAAGAGAAUUGAAGGGGGAAAUAUGGAGAUUUCAGAAUGGCUAUUGCUCUUUUGCGAUAUAGAAUCGAGAAGAGGAUUAAGGAAAGAGGAAGUGAAAGUCGAGGUCGUAGACGAUCGAAUUCUCGAAAUUAGUGGAGAGAGGAAGAAAGAAAGAGAGGAGAAGAAUGAUACAUGGCACAAGGUAGAGAGAGGCAUAGGUAAAUUCCUGAGGCGUUUCAGGUUGCCUGGAAAAGCAAAGUCUGAUCAGGUGAGUGCUUCAAUGGAGAAUUGGGUUUUGACUGUGAAUAUGCCUAAAGAGGAGGUGAAGAAGCAUGAAGUCAAGCCCAUUGAGAUCUCCGGCUAA